ACCGGGUGCCGACUAUCAAUCGCCAGAUAACUUUACAUCGACCUGGUCGUCAGCAUCCCUGUUACCAUUACGUCGUCAGUUUACCAGGCAGCUCUACGAGUGGCCUUGUUUACCGUUGUUUAAAUCAAGGACGAAAUUAAACUUUUAUUAAAUUGAUGAUCGCUUCGAUUUGAGGGGAGAAGGGGCCGCCCAAAAUUCCUUGCAAAUACAAUUGCUCGAGUUUUUUGUUACCGCGUGUGAUUGCUUGAAUGUGUCGUAUAUAUUGAUAUGUGCGUAUCGUAUACGGUAUCAGUUUCACGGAGAGGAAAAUUGAAUCGCAAGUAUUUUGAUAUCUCGAAAGAGAAGUGAAUACCUCACAUUCUUCGUUUCUUCAAUAUGGCCGAGUGGACCAAGUUUAAUAAUGGAGACAAACAGAUUCGACUCGACGAACAAACGACGAAUGAUGCGACCGUAAAGCGAUCGUAUAUCGAAACGAGCGAUGAUGAAAUCAUCAACAAAGAUUCAUGUACGUCGAACCAUCCAAAUAAUUGCAAUUGUGAUGAUCACAAUCACGAGGAGACGAUUAUGGAUUCGGUUCGGGGAUCAGAAUACGUCAAUGACUUCCGAAACAACUCGGAGUCAUUGGAAAAUGCGCGAAAGGAAGAAGGAGAAGAAGAAGAAGAAGAUGCAGUAAGAUUUGUGGAGAAUGAUUCGGAACGAAUCAUGGAGCAAUCGGGCUCAAGGAUACGUCGGGAAGCUCGUCAAGAGCUAAAAGAAGAUUCGCAAAAUAUGCAAAAUUCACCAAAGAGACCCAACAGCCUUUACAGGGAAGAUGCAUCUAGUCCGCAGAAAGUGAAGAGCGUUUUCAAUGAAAGGAGUACAAUUUUCGGGUCCCCUACCAGAAUUCUGUCGUCCAAGAGCCAUUUGUUGACCGAAAAGAGCACUGAGAAGCUCGUAAACGGCAAAUCUCCAAAGGAAGAUAAGCAGCAGCAUCACGUGCAAUUCAACAAAGAGUCUCAAAAACAGCAGUUACGUCACACACCUGAAGAAAGACCACAUCCAAGUCCAUCAAUCUCCACGUCUACUACAAGCAGUUCCGAGGACAAUUCCAGCUUGGGACAGUUUUGCGAAGCGAGGCCUCCCGAUGGAGGUUGGGGCUGGGUCGUCGUAGCGGCCUCCUUUAUGGUAAACCUGAUCGCGGAUGGCAUCACCUUUUCCUUUGGCGUAAUAUACGUCGAAUUUCUUAAUUAUUUCGGCGAGGGCAAGUCGAAGACAGCAUGGAUAGGUAGUCUCUUCAUGGCGAUGCCAUUGUUAUCGGGACCGGUGGCAAGUUUCUUAACCGAUCGAUACGGAUGUAGAAAAGUAUCUGUAGCCGGUAGUAUCCUAGCAACAGCCGGUUUUGUUGUCAGUUCCUAUGCGAACUCUAUGGAAGUACUCAUCUUCACAUUCGGCAUCGUAGCAGGUUUCGGUUUAUCCUUGUGUUUCGUCGCGGCAGUGGUAAUCGUGGCGUAUUACUUUGAUAAAAAGAGAUCUUUCGCUACCGGUCUAUCAGUGUGCGGUAGCGGAAUCGGGACUUUUAUCUUUGCGCCUGUUACACAAAAUCUUUUAGCGGAGUACGGCUGGAGAGGAACUACGCUGAUUCUGGCAGGAUUGUUUUCGAAUCUCGCUGUAUGUGGAUGUCUGAUGCGGGACCUCGAAUGGACUACCACUAGAGCAAAAGCGAAAACUCAAGAGAGGAGGAAGAAUCGAGAAAAGAAGAGAUCUAAAAUACAGAGUUCCAGCGCAGAUUCCUUUUCCGCCACCAGUUCCGCAAACACGACUACGCAAACACCUCAUGGCGAUUCUAAAAGAGGUUUCGCAUCAGCCAAUGCAAUGAUUAUUGAGAAUCUUCGGCCGCAGGAUGUGUGCAGCGAGGAGAGUGGUGAGAAGUUAUUCUCUAGCUUAGUGAAUUUACCUACUUUCGUCAAGAACGGAGAAAGAGUACCUCUGGAGGUACUAGAAUUGCUCAGUACGAAUAAAACCGAGACCGUUUACAACGUGCUUCUGCAAAACUAUCCAAGUCUUUUGAUAUCGUCGAGGAGUUUCAGCGAUUCUGGGGCGCUGCACGAUCAACUGAGUACCCCCUCGGCUCGAUUUCUAACUACACCUAGUCCAUUAACUGAAGACAAGAACAAGGGCCGUGACGAUCGAAUUUUGCGCGGCGGACAGCAGCAGCAGCGACAACAUCAAUCGGUAGAACCGUCGUAUUUAUGGUGGCUAAAAAAAAUCGACACUCCGUUAAGGCGAUCUAGCACGUUGGAACAACCGAGGAGGCUGCCCACUGCUUAUUUGAAGGAUAUCCGAAUGCAUCGACACAGUCUGACUUACAGAGGUGCCAUGCUCAACAUCAAUCGAUAUCGUUUGAGAGCUUCAAGCUGUCCGGAUAUCUACAGAAAUUCAAUGACUACGAUCGCCAAGACGAAGCUCGUUUGGUACGCUGGACUUUGGGAAUUUUGGGACUUGAUCGUCGACAUGCUAGACUUUUCGUACUUUGCCGAUCCAAGGUUUCUGCUGUUCGCCGUCAGUAAUUUUCUCUUGCACACGUGGUACGAUGUGCCUUAUGUCUAUCUGACGGACAAUGCAAUCGAAGUUGGAUUUAGCGAGACGGAUGCAUCUAUUCUGAUUUCGGUGAUUGGAAUCGCUAAUAUGGGUGGCGAGAUUUUUCUAGGUUGGGCUGGCGAUAGGGCGUGGGUAAAUGCAUCUAUUGUGUAUGCUGUAUGCAUGGCGCUCUGUGGUACCGUUACCGCUAUGAUACCAAUAGUUAUCAACGACUAUUACACUUUAUGUGCAAUCUCUGGUGCCUUUGGAUUAUUCAUCGCAGCAAAUUACAGUCUUACCAGCAUCAUCCUUGUCGAAUUGAUCACCUUGGACAGAUUUACCAAUGCUUAUGGUCUUCUGUUACUCGUUCAAGGAAUCGCCAACCUCAUGGGCCCUCCGUUAGCUGGAUGGCUGUACGAUAUCACAGGCACGUACAAUCUGUCUUUCUACUUGGCGGGAUUGUUCAUUGCGUUAAGCGGCGUAUUGUUAUUAGUGAUGCCUUUGAUCAGUUUGUAUCGAAAGUAUCGAAACGAAUCUGGAGGGGUAACUACUGAUAAGGAUUUUGAUGCGAUAAACAAUGUGUAAAUAUGCCGGUAUUUAUUGAAGGAAUCAAAAGGAAGGGGCUAGAAAUCAGACGAUGAUUAUCGUAAUGAUUGUCGAUUAGUUGUAUCGCAAUUGGAAUUGCGUGUUAUAAAGAAUAUGAAAGGAAUUGCAACACAGAUUGCAAAAAUUGUCACGGGCACCCCUUAAUUUCGUUGUAGUGUUAUUUCGCGACAUGCUAUACACGAGUUGCUAGAACCGGCUGUGGUGUAUUACAUAGUUAUAAUUAACCUAUAAUUUGUCGAAACACCUUGCGAGUUUAUCGACUUUACGUGACAACUAAUGUGAGAAAACUAGAGGAAUGUUAUGUAAAAGAAAAAAAAAAUGAUAG